CCGGCGGCCAAGUACGGGGAGCACGGCAGCCCCGCCAUCCUCCUCAUGGGCUCCAAUAAUGGAGGAGCCGUGCUCAAGCCCGACUCGCAGCAGCCGCUGGUGUGGCCCGCCUGGGUGUCCUGCACGCGGUACUCCGACCGGCCGUCCUCGGGUAAGGAUAGCGCGGAUCCCCCAAGCCUUCCCCGUGCCCCUCUUCCCUGUGCCUCCCUCCUGCGGCUCUCAGCCCGGCGCGGGGAGGGUCCCGGUCCCCAUCCUCCUCCGAGAGCCCCGUUCGUGUCAGCGCGGCGCCGGGGCCGUGCGAAGAGCGGGGUGCCCCGGGAGUCCGUUCCUCUUCCUCAGGCAAAGUGCAUUUUUCGGGGGGGCCGCUCCAGCCCCGUGUAGUUGGGCCGCUGGGGGCUGUUUUAUGGCUAGGAGAAGGAAGAAGGGCUGCA